UGAACCGGUCCUUCUUCUGUAAACUUUCAUCACAUCAACAAUCGAUUCAUUAUUGAAACUCAGAAAUGCCAACAAAAGGUUAUAUGUUUGGAAAGAAAAAACGUUACUGUAAGCCCAGAGGACGACAUGCUUCAAAGACAAAUGCACAAUUACAAAGCUCUGUUUUGGAUACAGCUGGAUCUGAAGCAGCAACAACACAGCCUGCAAGUGCAGCUGAGCGAAAAAUAUCCCUAACUGCAGUUACUAACGCUGAUAACACCAAUAAGAGGCUGCCUGAAGAUUUCAUAUACGUCAUGAUGAAUUCAAUGCAAUUGACCACAAUGGUCUCCUUGUUGUGCUGUCCACAUUGCUUUGACAACAAAUUAACAUUAACUAUGUGCAUCACACAAUCAAAAGGCAUGGCUCAUUUGAUUAAAAUCAAAUGCCUAAAUUGUGAAACAUAUUUGUGGUCCGACUGGACCUCAAAAAAAAAGUAG